AUGGGGGUUUUUUUUUUCCUUCCUUCCCUUCCUUUCUUCUCUCUGUGCUCGACGGGCAGGCACGGAGUGGAGAGACAAAAUCGUUUCGAACAUGGGGGUUUGUCUGGGUCCCUUCCUUCCCCAAAUCCCCAGCGUCUGUGUCAUCCAAAAGUGCAGGUAUCAUCCCCAGCCUCUUUUUUCCUUCCAUAUUGCAUCCUGUGGAUCGCACCUUACCUUACUGUGUAUGUACAAAAUGGGUCCACGAUCUCCAUCGAAACCUUCUUGCCGAGACCUCCGCAUUGCAUCAUCGUUUCGUGCCCGUUGUCAUCCGUCCUAACGGUUCCUUUGUUGGGCUUACGUAUCCGCAAGAUCCAAGCCACGGAGUUACCGGUUUUGUUUUUCCAAGAAACAAGAAGGACAUGA